ACCCUCGUGAAUGUGAAGGCAAACUAGUGACACUAGGCUAUGAGGACUGCUGUGCAAGGAAAAGAAUAAGAAGAGGAAAGAACAAGGUAAGGAGAGAAUAAGGCAAGGUUUGAACAAGGAAAAGAACAAGAAAAGGAAAGAAUAAGCGAGGGAGAGAAGAAGGCAGGGUUUGAACAUACCUGUUAGGAGCCUAUAAUCUAAAUAUGGAAUAUAUUAACAAAGUGAAUGAACUGCAUUCUCGGAGAUUCCAAGAUUUAGAAGAGCAAAGAAGACCCCAUAAGAGAAUCAAAAAAAAGAAGACCCUAUACGAAGAAGAUACAGAGAGAAAGAAAGAGGAUUCAGGGAAUCAUAGGGUAGGUUUCUUUGGGUUUCUUUGAGUUUCUCUCUCUUCACUGCAAAGACAGAAAUGGGUGAAUCGCCAACUUGUCUUGUUCGAUCCUUCUCUCAACCUGCUGGCACUACUUCCACUGAACCCGAAGAGGGAGAUCCUUAUUGUGCCCUGACAACAUCAAUCUCAUUUCGGAGGUUCAUGUUGGAAUCAUUGGCGUGUGAAAAAUGGUCGUGUUUCUCUAACAAUCAGUACUUGGAAGAAGCUAAGAAUUCUUCUAAGCCAGGUUUAGUUGCCCAGAGGAAAGCUUAUUUCGAAGCCCUUUACAACAGAAAUGGUGCUAAGAAACUUGCAGCAUUGCUUGAGGAGCAAAAUGCAGCGUGUAAUGAACCAAAUGUUAUGGAAGAGACAUCCAAAGACAGCUCAAAUCCUCCAUGA